UUGCUCUCUAAAUGAGCCGCGACCUCGCCCGGCUCUUCUUCCUCCUCUAGCUAGGGCUAAGCUGAUCUUCUCCCCCUUCGCCGGCCGCUCCACCCCCACCGGUCCAGCCCCCGCCAGAUUCCCGCCGCUGACAAGCCAAAGUUGCCUUGGAACUUUGAGCUCUUCAAGAUGCCUAGACGGACAGAAGAUGCUGAACCAAAAGAGUGCUUGGAGUUUGAUGAUAAUGAAGAGGAAGAGGUAGAAGAGGAAGAAAUUGAGUAUGAAGAAAUUGAGGAGGAGGUAGAGGAGGAGGUGGUGGAGGAGGAGGAGGAGGAGGAGGAGGAAGUGGAGGAGGUAGAGGAGGAGGAAGACCCUGAAGAAAGAGAAGUUCUUGAUGAAAUUGAUGCUAGUCAUGACAGUGACAGUAAAUCGGAAGUUGUCCCUCUUCCUCAGCAGGAUGGUGCCAAAGAUGGGAGCGAUAAAGAGAAGCAUGCCGAACUUCUUGCUCUUCCUCCUCAUGGAUCUGAAGUAUAUUUUGGGGGCAUCUCCAGCGAUGCAUCUUCUGACGAUCUCAAGAAACUAUGCGAGCCAGUUGGCGAAGUUGUGGAAGUUAGAAUAAUGCUGAGCAAGAAGGAUAGUAGGGGAUAUGCUUUUGUUACUUUCAGAACUAAUGACCUGGCUUUGAAGGCCAUCGAGAAAUUGAACAAGGCAACUUUCAAGGGAAAGAAGCUAAGAGUUUCUUCCUCCCAGGCUAAGAACAAGCUAUUUGUUGGAAAUAUACCUCACAGUUGGUCAUUCGAUGAUUUUAAAAAAGCAGUGGAAGAAGUUGGUCCUGGAGUAUUAAAAGUUGAUCUGAUUAAGGAUCCACGUACAGAUCGCAAUCGGGGUUAUGGUUUCGUUGAAUACUAUAAUAAUGCAUGCGCUGAGUAUUCAAGGCAGAAGAUGACUGCACCAAAUUUCAAACUAGAUACAAAUGCUCCUACUGUCAGCUGGGCAGAUCCUAAGAAUGGCGAUUCUGCCUCUACAGGCUCUACUUCACAGGUCAAAUCUGUAUAUGUCAAAAACCUGCCCAAGAAUGUUACUCAAGGGCAGCUGAAAAAGCUGUUUGAGCGCCAUGGUGAAAUCAUAAAAAUUGUUCUCCCCCCUUCAAAAGAUGGUCAUGAUAAUAGGUAUGGUUUUGUUCACUUUAAAGACCGCCACAUGGCCAUGAAGGCUGUGAAGAGCACAGAGAAAUAUGAGCUUGACGGUCAGCUCCUGGACUGCUCACUCGCAAAACCUCCUGCUGAUAAAAAAGACGAUACAGUAUCAUUGCCUACUGCCAAAGGAGGUCCGUUGCUGCAUGCUCCGCUUGGAUAUGGUAUGCCACGGCCAGAUCCUUAUGGUGCGCCUCCUGCUUAUAGUGCCCCUCCUGCUUAUGGUGCACCUCCUGCUUAUGGUGGACAGCCUCUGCUCUAUGCUCCAGGAGCUCCUCCAGGUGCAGCAAUGGUUCCAAUGCUUCUACCUGAUGGCCGUCUUGUAUAUGUUGUGCAACAGCCUGGAGCGCAGCAACAUUUCGCUUCCCCUCCGCCCCAGGUGCGGCAACAUCAGCAUUUCACGUCUCCUCCGCCACAGGCACGGCAAAUUGGAGGCAGUGGUGGCAGCGGUGGCGGUGGAGGCAGUGGUGGAUCGAGUAGGUCCGGUUCCGGUACAAAGCGCCCAAGGGGAGAUGACAACAACAGCAGCAGUCGCAACCGACAACGCCGGUAUUGAUCGCAGGAGGUGUAUGGUGGUGCUUCGGUUCUAGCGCCAGCAAAUUGUGUAAUAAGUACUGUCGGAUUUUCCUACAAACCUGCUUAACCCGGUGAACUGUGAAACCCGCAUCACUAUUCGUUCGGAACUGUGUUAGGUCACCUCGAGGUAGUUUUGGUUUGUCUAGGCGUAAUUUCUUGUAAUGUGGAUCAAGUUUAGAAAUGGCAAGAACAGCAUCGGUGUCUGA